AUGGGCGGCGUCUCCAGCGCGAUCUCGGGCGGAAAGAAGCUGGCCAACCUCAUCUUUUCUCGCGGCAAGAGCAAGGUAGACCGGGACAAGUUCGAUCGUGCCUUCUCAAAAUAUCCACCAACCCCGUCGAGGACAUGGGGCUUCCAGAACAGCAAUGCUGCGCUGUAUGCAAAUGACAGCUGGUUCUCGGCUCAGAAACGGAUCCGCCUGAGCGACAUAAACCGCUUCCUGGGCAUCAGGCCAUAUCCUGGCAAACCCGCUGGCAAAGCCUUCCUCCCUGGUGAUUACAACCUCGUUUGGGGAAAUCCGGAGAGGCAUUCCUGGUCCACCGCAGAAGAUCAGAAUUACAGCCUGCAGUUCUCAAGGCAGCAACACCACGACGUGGGGACGGCCGGCGCGCUGUGCGUGGCCACGCUUCCUGGCCACGCCCCAUCCCGCGGAAGACGCCGUGAACUCUCCGACUUCCUGUGA